GUACGGGUCAGGGAGUAGUGAGGAGUGUAUUUCAGGCGGCCAAGCCAAGCAUCCUCCGUCCCUCCCUCUCUCUCUCUCUCUCUGCAAAACAGGCAGUGCGGGCAGUCAGUUCUUCUGGCGGCCGCCUCCUCUGCUCGAUCGAAGCUCUUGCGGCGCUACCUCGAUCGAAGGCUCGCCAAUCGCUGCUCGCAGCUCUUCUCCGCCGCGCUCCGAAGUCCCUCGCGCCGGCAGCAGCAUCUCCCGUGCGUCCUCCGCGCUUCGCCUCCGUUCUCGCCCCGGAAGAAGCUGAUAGCCCGCCUGCAUCUGCAUGAUAAAUUGAUACCGCUGGUCAACGGCAGUUGUGUGACUGACCGAGGAGUGUCCCCAGAACAAGAAUCUCGCACCCCCCUUAUUGUUGGCUGAGGGCGUAGUUUCAGCGGGUUUCUCCAUUUCCGGAUGGGCAGGCCUAGAGGAGGAAAGGCUAAACGGCCGAUGCCCCAAGCUACCAAGAGCGAGGACGCCGAUGCCGCCAGCGGCGGCGAGGAGGCCGUGAUGCCAGCGUACAAGAGGAGGGGACGGCCGCACAUGCACCUCAAGGCUGACGCCACCGACGACGAGGAGGACAGUGCCAGUGUCGAGCACGUGGAGGACAGUGACGACGGCGCCAAACCGGUCGCGCCGGGCAAGGGCUCGACGACCGAGAACGGAGGGAAGAAGAGAAGGCGGCGGCGGCGGCAACCGAAUAAUAAGCGAGGCUGCGACCCGGCGGCGGAGGGGAAGGACGAGGCCGUCAAGCAGAGCGGGUUCCGGCAUCGUGGGAGCCGGCGGAAGAGCACCCCGCGGCGAGCUGCCGAGGCAGGGGUGGAGUGCAAGUGAAGUGAGGCUCCUGAUUGUUUUUCUCGAAUAGUGAGGCUCCUGAGUCCUGAUUGGAUCGGAUUAACUAUGCGAGCCGUGAACGUGACGAAUUUCAUUGUUAUUACUCUAUUUUUUUUGUCAAGCUUCGUUUUGUA